AUGAUUAUAGGCCGAGGGCGAUUAUUUUGCCAGCCGCGACGGUUCUACUCCAACGCGGAUUUGAAAACGCCUCUAAUCCAGGCUUUGAGAGAGAGAGGUUUACUCACUCAGGUCACUGAUGAAAAAGUCGUGGCAGCAGCCGAGACACCAACAAAGGUGUAUUUGGGUGCCGACCCAAGUGCAGAAAGCCUGCAUCUCGGUAAUUUGGUUCCAUUAACUGUCCUAUUGCACUUUUACUUGCGCGGCCACACUGCUAUGCCCUUAGUAGGUGGUGCUACCGGCAUGGUAGGCGAUCCCAGCGGUCGCAUGACGGAGCGAGAGGCUAUGGAAAAUGCCAAACGGGAACGAAAUGUAGGCAAAAUUCACGCCCAAAUGACAAAAUUCUUGGAAACGGGUGCCAAAAUCGCUCAAAAGUACGGUUACUCUAAGCCAGGCUCGGUUGAGCCCGUGAAUAACUACUCAUGGUGGAAAGACGUGAGUAUGCUUGGGUUCUUGAGCACUUAUGGAAGGCACAUUCGUGUAUCCCAGAUGCUCGGACGUGAAAGUGUUCGACAGCGUCUGAAAUCUGAGGCAGGCCUUGGAUUCAACGAAUUCACUUACCAGAUUUUACAGGCUUUCGACUUUUACCAUCUGUACAAACACCAUCAGUGCACUAUUCAAAUCGGCGGCAAUGAUCAAUGGGGCAACAUUACGGCCGGAACCGAUCUGAUCUCCCGUUUAAUCCCCGAUGGUAGCGCAUUUGGUGUAACGGUGCCUUUGCUCACAACUCCUAGUGGGGAAAAGUUUGGCAAGUCUGCUGGAAAUGCUGUGUUCAUUGAUGGCAAGCUAACCAAACCUUUCCACAUGUACCAGUACCUUGUGAAUUCACCUGAUUCGGUUGUUGAAAGCUAUUUGAAACUUUUCACUCUUAUUCCCCUUGACGAAAUUGCCGAGAUCACCAAAAAACAUAUGCAAGCUCCCGAAGAUCGCGUUGCCCAACAUCGCCUAGCUUCAGAACUGACAGAUAUGAUCCAUGGUGAGGGAUCUGCUGCAAAUGCUCAGUUUGUUACGGCUAUUAUGUUUGAAAACGCGAGAGCAACUUCUGCCGAGAUCCUCACAGCUUUUGGAUCCCAGGGCCUGUUAAAUGAACUGCCUGCUGAUGAGGUUAUUGGUAAACACUGGAAAAACAUUCUGGCACUUCUUACUGGCAAAUCCAAGUCAGAAACUGGCCGCCUUGUGAAGCAGGGCGGCGUUUACGUUGGUCUUGAUCGGAGGCCCUUAAAAUCACAGUUUGUCGAGUCCUCUGACAUUGAAGAUGGCUUGCUCCUCAUCCGUAUAGGAAAAACCGAGUACUAUGCGGUGAAAUUGAUCUAG